GAAACAACAAUGGUAAUUACGAACUGGAUGUAUUUAAACCACUGAUAAUAAUAAAAAGGUAUGUAGAUCCUUACUAUUGACUCUUGCAGAUACACAUCAGUGAUUAAGACAGACAACCAGGAAGGAUAAACAUACAAGUUUUAUCUCGCAUAAACGCCAGCAAUUUGAAUACAUGCAGUAUGGCAGAAAUGGCUGAUGACCACGUACCAAACUUUUCCAGUGAAAAUGUUGCAAUGAAACCUAUGAAUGCAGAAGCUAGGGCAGACACGUCUCAUUUGUUAUUAAGGGAACUGGAAUAUGCGGUUAGCUUGGUUGGUCCUGCUAAGGAAGAAAUCACAAAACUUCAGCUGGAGCUCAAAAGGCAUCAAGUAAUUCCUGAGAGAACAGGGUCGGAGAAUGUUGUUGAAAUGCAGUAUCAGCUUGAAAAUGCAAAGAGAGAAUGCAAAGAUCUGCAAAAGCAGCUUAAAGAUGAUAAGUAUAAAAACGAAACACAGUACAAUGACUUACUUGCUGACUUGCAAAACGCAAAUGCAAAAAUACAUGAACUUGAAAUAUUGAAAAAAUCAGUAAGGGAGCAAGAAGAGAAUAUGCGAGCACAUCAUAAAGAAGAGAUAGAUGCUUACAAGGAGGUCAAUCAAAGCAACGAAAUGCUACUCCAAUCGGCUUUAAAAAAGGUAAAACAAUCUGAAGAAUUUCAGCAACGGCAAGAACAAGAUUUUACAAAUGAUAUCAGAAAACAGCAACAGCAAAUUGCAAAGCUUACGGCCUCACUACAGAAUUUAAAAUUGGAGAAAGAUAAACUAGAAAAAAGCCUUUCGGAUACACAAUCAAGGCUGAGUAAGUUGAUGGGAGACAAGCUUUCUGAUAACAACCCUGAUAUUGCCGAUCUCAGUGACAAUAACCGACCAACUAAGUUAGCAGAAAAGUAUCAAGAACUGUACGACAAUCAGUGGACUGACGCUUACGAAGUUGCAGAGGAUUACUUUCCUGACAAAUCAGAACAUUAUAGGAUAAAAGUGUUGCUUCAAAUUUUAAUGAAAGUAUAUAGCCAUUGUGCGCAAGAAAUCAAAAGACAGGACAAGGAAUUGUUGCAGGCCAUGUACAGAACAAGUUCGAUCGAAAAGACAAGCCAGGAUUUACCUGUGACAAUGAAAUCGCUUCUGAAGGAGAUAAAACGUUUGGCUGCCCCUGAUGCCAUUGGGAAUUUAACUGAGGGAUACUUACAGGAUUAUACAAAGACAUCAUUUGGAGAAUUUAAUUUGAAAGUAAAGGAUUUUGUGCGUGAAUGCAUCACUAUAUGUUGGUUAAUGGUUUGUCAAGAGCCCCCACUUGUUUUUCACUUGAAUGUGCAAAAGGGCGAACAGUUUGACAACAAUAAAUAUAAACAUUAUACAUUGACUGGGACGGUUAUUGACUAUGUUGUUUGGCCGGCACUUCUGCUUCAUCAAGAAGGGUCUGUACUUUGCAAAGGUGUUGUACAAUGCACAAAAUCAAUCCAAGGCUCGAAGUCUGUAAAGGUUCGUUCACGCCAGGUAGACGCUGCAGGAAUUGGUAUUCCAACCGGAUCAGUACGUUUAACUAGCAGUGAAACACCAAUUGAUACAACAAAGUGGUAUUCAGAUGGUAACUUCAAUGUUUUAUGCAACACAACCGAUUUGAGUUCAACAGACACAGAUAAUACGAACAACUCAGGCCAGAAACAAACUCAGUCAAAUGAAAGUAUCACAAAUCCACCGGAUCAACGUAAAUUUGCAUCGAAGGAAACAAACAAUUCAGCAGAUACAAAAGGUCUGAAAUCAAAGCUUCAGCAGCCAGCAAGAAUGAAUGAACAACCAAGUCGAAACCAGGAUCCUUCACAACAUUCUGGUAACUCUACAGAAAAGACAAAAAAUGAUCACAAGACAAACCAGCCAUUGAAUCAAUAUCGCAGUGAAGCUAAGGUACACUUACAUACGACCAAACAUGGAGGUAUAUCCCAACAUCAGUCAAGCGUGGAGCAUUCUCCUGAUUCAAAAUAUGACAAUUUUCAACAGAAACAGCCAACAGCAGCUAGUAUCUAUCAACAAAGUCAGCCUGCAACACGUAACAAAAACCAGAGUCAGCCCUCACCUACAGCUGACAAGAAAUAUCAGAAUCUUCAUGCAGUUAAUACAAACCGUGAUACCAAUCCUGAAGCUGUCAGCUACCACCAAAAUCAAAAUGCAGCUGGAAACUACCAACAAAAUCCGCAUGCAGCUAAUAGCUACCAACAGAGUCAGCAUGUAGCUAGUAAUUCGUUUCAUGAUCAACCUGUAGCUGGUAGCUUCCUACAGAAUCAACCUGCAGCUGGUAGCUACCAACAGAAUCAACCUGCAGCUGGUAGCUACCAACAGAAUCAACCUGCAGCUGGUAGCUACCAACAGAAUCAACCUGCAGCUGGUAGCUACCAACAGAAUCAACCUGCAGCUGGUAGCUACCAACAGAAUCAACCUGCAGCUGGUAGCUACCAACAAAAUCAACCUGCAGCUUGUAGCUACCAACAGAAGCAACCUGCAGUUGGUAGCUACCAACAGAAUCAACCUGCAGCUGGUAGCUACCAACAGAGUCCGCAAAAUGCAAGCUUUAAUGGAUCGACACAAUAUCCAACACAGCAGUAUUCGGGAAGUCACCAGCAGAAUCAAACAAAAUUCUCCCAGUUUCCACAGUCAUCGUCAUCCAAUGAUCAGGGUAUCUAUCAACCACUACCAUAUAACUUUCAGACAUCUACUGCACAAUAUCCUGCUCAUUUAAUUCCCACAAAAGAGGAAUAUGACUCAUUUAUAUGGUAUAGUUACACAAAUCCAUAUUCAGCUAGAUCCUUCAUGGGUGCACAACUAUAUGACAAGUGCAGCAACUACGUAGCCUGGUUAAGGUAUAGGAUCCCUAAUAGUAAUGUUUGAAAAAUGACAUUUGUUUGGUAUAUUCUUAAAGUUGACCAUGUUUCGCACUGUGUUGCAAAUUUUUAACAACUUUUACCGUGCCGAUUUUUGUAAAUUUUGUAUAAUUUAUGGUAUUUCCUCAAGCUGAAGUAGAGACAAAUUUCAAUGUGAUUGUCACUAUCUAAAACGUUUGCAGAGAAUUCGUUACAGCAUUAAAUUUGAUAAUCAAACUAUUGUUAAACAAUUAUAAAACACAAAAUAAAACUGUAAAUAUCAUUUUUUUCUAGGGUGCCUCAAGUAAACAGAUUUAAUGAGACAGAGAUCUAACUCCAACAUUGAAAAUUUAAGGUCGAAUCCUGUGGAUCUGUUCUGAAUUUUGCUCACUUCAUUCAAAAAUAACCUUUGGGCAAAAGUAAAACUUACCUGCAUUUCUUCCACAAUAUGUAGUCUCAAGAAUGAAGGCAAAACAGAAAACUUUUACCGCAUGUAACUCAGCAUUUUUAAAGAUGCCCAACUCUACCCCUCCUGAUUCAGAGUUAAAUUCACUUUUAACAGCAAGAAAUCGCUUAUAAAAUGAAAACUUUCCACUUUAGUACAAUACAUCCAUAAUAAGUCUUGAAAGAAGUAAAAACUUACUAGAAAAAAAGGAAAAUAUGGAAAAAAAAAUUUGAUCCCAGUGGGGCUUGAACUUCGCCCCCCGCCCCCUCUCCCUUAAAAAUUGCAGUCAAAGUAGGUUUAUGGUAGGAAUUGAAUACUCUAAAAAAAUGAGGUACUCUAUUACGGGUCCAAUACCUUAAAGUCAAUACAAUACACUGUAAAAGGAAAUGAAAUUUUGCCGGGGAAAUAUUAACCUUUUAAAAUGAGAAAAUGAAACUGGUUUAAUAUAGAAGUUAGAUUUUUAAUAUCCCUUGCGACCCUGGUAAUAAUAUCGCUAAACAUUACCAGUGCUGUAAAACCCAGUUUUAUAAUUAUGUUCUUGAGACAAUAUUAUCCUAGCAUAAAACUCAGUUCAGUGACUUUUUACAAGUAUAUGUCGUCACAUUAAGAAAAUGAACGUCUUGCAGGAAAAUACUUAUUUGCGAACCGCGUUUAUAACGGAAGGUAUGGAUUUAACAAAGUCACAGGGGACUCUUACCCCAACAUCUUUAAGUACAAGCUCAAGUUCUUUACACAUAUAUUUUCUAACUAAUACUAUCUGCAAAUUAGUAUGAGAUUUCCUCGAAGGACAUCUGCUUAAUUUUUGGAAAGCUGUCCAAAACUUACUACCACUCACAUUCAUUAAAUAUUGUUUUAAAGACAAUUACUUUAGCAGUACAAAUCAGUAGGCCAAUUGGCAACAUACUUUACUACUUGAAAGGUUAAGUGUUUUUUGUUUUCAUUUUAUUUUUCCUUUAGAUGUUUUCGGGGUUUUUUUCUCCAUAUAAAAUCAAUUGUGUGGAAUACACUUAAAUUUAGCAAAAUGAAAUGUAGAUUUAUACAUUUUCAGAUUACAAAUAUUAUUUUGAAACGCCUUGUCCUCGCUUUUUGAAUGUUCGCUUUUUUGUGCUUGUAGUCAAUAUUUAGUAAACGUAAUGAUAUAUAUUUUUAUUCUGUUUCUAUCAACCAAAAUUGUUGCGUGUUAUACCGGCAGUUCGGUUUUAAUUCCGCGGCCUCAACGGUCAGUGGAUUGAGACCGGUGAAAAAAAUGCCAUAAAAUGUCACAUUUAACUUUUCUUUUUUGAUGCUGCUCAUUUUUACCACGGUUAGAGUUUGAAUGUCAAAGUCCUGAUUGGGCGAGUUUUCAUAUUUUUUUACGACUUCCAAUAGUCGUAUAGCAACUACCACAUCAAUAUUUGAUUCAGCAAAACGGUCUCUUUGUUUUCUUCAAUUGAUCUAGUAAAGUACAAUUAUAGAUAAAUCAUGAAUCUAUAUCUUGAAAACCUACCUGAGUAUGUCCUUAACUUGUAGAGAUAUGUCAUAGGUCAUAAAAUAAGAAUUAUCAAAUGUCUACAGUAUCAAUACAAUUUAUAUAUGAUAUUCCAAUAUUUUAUGAUGCAUUCUCCUCUACGACCUAUACAUCCCAACACAAUAAUCUACUGACGGAUGCCGUACCAUACUAAUCCUAUAACGUCACAUAACCCUUCCCGUGAACCCCUUUGUUAUUGUUGUCCGCCAUUAUCUAAUAGAUAGAUUGAUAGGCAUUGUAUAGCAAUAAAUAUAUUAUAUAUAUAUUUCCAGGUACGUUCAUAUAAUAUGUAAUACACACUAUAUAUGUAAUGUCUUAGUUAAGUCAUAUAUUGUUUUAUACUGCAGUUGUAUUAUGUUUUUAAUGAGAAAUCGUAUGUAAUGUUUUACGUAAACCCUUUUGUUAUUGUUGUCCGCCAUUAUCUAAUAGAUAGAUUGAUAGGCAUUGUAUAGCAAUAAAUAUAUUAUAUAUAUAUAUUUCCAGACUUCCUCAUACAGAACCCAUUGCACAUAAAAGUCCCCCGUGACUUUUGGCGCUCAAGAAAGGAGUAUGAGCAAAGUCUACGAUACUUUGACUUAUUAAGAUUAUGGACUAUUCAAGACUUGAAAAAGGACAGGUUAGAUUUGGGUUUUCCCCUACACCUGUGUUUUCCUGGAUUUCCCCAGAUAAUAUAUAGACUAGUGACGUCACAACCAUAUACCGACCAAGCCAUUGGAUAGUUCUAUACGGAUAAUAGGAAUUCCCUAUAUUUGUAAACAUUGACUCGUGCGCACGCAUUGGAAUCGUUGGGUACCCGAACUAAGAAGUAAGCAGCUGCAGCAUUUGUCGGUCCGUCGUCGUACUUGAAGGCCUUAAUCGUCGUUGGAGCCAUCACAGUCGUCGUCAACGGAUAUAGAAUGGAUUCGUGCCAUGGAAACAUUGUGAUUUUCAAAGUUUGAUACUUUGACAGGUGUGACAUAAACAAUAACAUUGAAACUUUUGAAUUUGGUGUGUAGUGUAUAAAUCUGGAUUAGAAAUAUUUUUAUGGAUUAUAUAUUGAUGGAUAUACAUGUAACUGGUAAGAAGUUUUAGUUGAGAUUUUAUAAUUUUACAAACGUACUUGAUUUUGACACUAGGCUGUCAAAUUUGACAGGUGGUUCUACCCUCAUGUGACUGUGUGAAUAAACACUAUAGUAUAGCAUUUGAUGCUUAUAGUUGAAAAUUUAGUUAGAAUAUCUGCUAAGUGUUAUAGUUUUGUUGGCGGCUGAUAAAUUUUUGCAAAGGUACACUGGCACAAUAAAACGUCUAACACCUGCCUUUCAAAACACUACCUUUCCAAUAUUAUCGAUAAAUCCUAUAGUUAUUGGUGUAUAAUCCAUAAGCACUCAUAGCGCAGUCGGUUAGAGUGUUGUCCAGAAAAGUUGAGAACAGAUUUGAGGUACAGUAGGUGUUGGUUCGAUUCCAGCUCGGGCCUUGAAAUUGUUUUUUUGUGUCAAUAUUUUUUAAUAUUUAUUUUCUGUGUGUAUCAAGGUAUUAUCUCAAGCAAUACAGUAGUAUCAUACGAUAUAAUUUAUUUAUAUUGUAUGAUAAUAAAUUCAUUACCGGCGCGUACAAAUAUGUGAUCACAGCGGUAUUUUGAACACGGAAUUUUCGUACAAGACAGGUUUAUUAUUUUCUGAAGAUAUUAUUUUUUGAUUGAAUUCAGAGAAAGAUAUCUUAUAAGAAGAUAAAUAAUUUAGAACAUUGCUUUCGAUAUCAGUCGGGACAUUGUUCUUUAAUAUAAUCAUAUUAUUGGAAAGUUGUGAUAGUUAUUUGAUUGCACUCGAUAAAUCUGGGCGCGUUAAUACGGUCGAUAUUUAUCGAGUGUAUAUAACACAGCCUGCGUAGCUCAGUGGAUAGCGCGUCGGACUACGAAGCGAGAGAUCGCGCGUUCGAAACUCAGUCGGAGAAAAUAUUAUUUAUUUUUUUUUUUGUGUGUAUACUAAAUAUAUACAGAAGUAUAUAUUCUGUAUUAAAUUUUUUUUAAUAACUUUUAUAUUCCUCUAUGAAGAAUAUCGUUUGAUAUUUUCAUAGGGUUAUAUAGGAUAUAUUGUAAGGAUCCUAGGAGUUACUUUUCUCUCUACAAUUCACACACAUAUUUUUACAUUUCAAGACAACACAUAAAACAUACAAUAUUUAAAGUUCAAAAAUAAAACAAUAAUCAAAGUUGUGAUAUUGACAUUUGAUACAUACAUACAUACAAUGAAUAAAUAGCGUUUAUAAGUGAAACUUGGAAACUGAUAGGUCAAUAUUAGUACAGUGCUGAAAGCGUUUAUAGGUGAAAUUUGAAAGGUUGAAAAGAAACAGCUGAAACUUGGAAACUAAUACGUGAAGUAUUAGUGCAGUGCUGAAAGUACAUACAUUGAAUAAAAUGUGUAUAGAAGUAGAAUAAAUUGAAGACUGAAUGAAAGUGAAAGCUCAAUGUACAAUAAAUAGGCUUUGCAAAGUGAAAGGAAAUAUUAUUGAUCAUUGAUCAUUUAGUACUGAAUGAAAUUGAAUUGAAGUGAAAUUGAAAAGUGAACAUAAAGCAAUUAGUACAGGCUGAAAAUAAAAACAAGUUGAUAGAAAGAGUAUUGAUCAAAGUGAGCAUAUAAGUGUUGCUGUAUGAAGUUCUGAGAAAACUUUAAUAUGUCACUUUGAAAAAGGAACAUAAGUGAAAUAUCAAAUGUUGGAGUUAACGGAAUUUAUAUAGCUAUAUGUUGAAAACAUAAUAUUAAGAAUAGGCUGAAAAUUUAUAAUUCAGUAAAGGAGUUAGACACUUAGUGGUACAAUAAAACAUUUGCAUAUAAUUCCGGGUAUUAUAUGAACAAGUUUUGAACAGAAUAUUGUGUGAAGUGAUAAAAAUAAAGUGAAUGUGAUGUGAUAUUUUGCAUAAUCAGUCGCAACUAAAGUGAACACAAACAAGCGUAAUAAAGAAAACGUGUAUAACAGUAUAGUGAUCGGUUGGUUUGGUGAAAUUGAUAGUGACAUUGUGAAAGGUUGUUGUGAACUUAGAAUAUAUAAGAGAUGGCUGAAUAUAUUUCACCGUAUGAUUUACGCAGACUUACGUUAGAAAGGAGAAGAAAACAAGCACUUCUAGAAGAAGCCAUUAGAAAGGAGGAAGAAGUAAAGGAAAGGGAGAAAAUGCUUUAACAAGAGA